AGUUACAUUUAUGAGACGUUAUCCUUGUAUGGAGCCUACAAACAAGUACCUGUACAAAUACACUUGCCAGGAUUAAAGCUAAAGGAAGUGGAUCCUGUUGCUGUUCUGUGGAGACAGGCAAUGUCAUUCCUUCAGAUUUUUUAAUAUCAUUGCAGAGACGUAUAAUUCAGGGCAGAAAGAUGGAAGGCUGUGGAUAGAAGGUGAAUGAGAAACCCUAAUCUGAUAUUUUAAAAUGUUUGAUAUCCCAGGAAGGCCAGCAUUUAUUUAAAUUUUUCUUUUAAACAUUUUAGAAUAUUUUUGAAGUUCAUUUAGCUAGAAUAGUUUAGAUAAAUGAAUAACAGUAGAAUUAUGUGAAUCAAGAUAGUAGAAACCAGAUGGGUUUUUUUGGAAGAGGGGCUACAUUUUAUGAGAUGAUCUAAUAUAAUUGGGAAAAGCUUUUGAGCUCACUAGCCUUGAUACCAUGCAUAGAUUUCAAAUAAGAUUUCAAGGGUCUUUGACACUGAUCUGAGGAGGACUUCUUUAAUCUAUGUUGCUCUAAGUGAAUUACAAUACUUUUUCUUUCCGAUAGAUCCUAAAAGACAAGUACGUAUGUACUGGCAUUCUCUGUGCCAGUUCACUGGAGCCUGGGAUCAUAUAUGUCAGCCUGGCCAAGAAUUUAUCAUGGGCAUGAUCUUCUGUAGAAAUCUGCUCAUUAUAAUCCCAUUAUGUGUGAAAUACACAUUAGGGCUACAAAACGACACCCUCAUGAAGCAGCUAAAUUGCAACAGAUGGGGACAUUUUUUUCUGUGAACAAAGCUGCAGGUAAAAUCUGUGUUUACAGGUCUGUGUACAAACACUGCCUCCCCUCCAACACCCCACGAGAUAAGUGUGGCUGGGAGGAGGGGAACAGCUCGGGGUAAGAGGAACAGUUCUCACACCUGCAGUCAAGGUAUUUUUAUGGUUCUUAUUACAGACUUUGGGGAUAAGAAGCAUCCCGUGCUCAAUGAUCAGGCUGCUAUGCUGUUUCAUUACCACUAUAUCCAAAGGAUAUAAGUAACCAAAAAGAAUAUGAGUGGGUUUUUAUUCUACUGACGAGUUCUAGAAAUGUAUUGGCAGAGGAAAAUACAGCUGUUGCAUAAAUUCAGCAAUGCCAGAGAAUGUAAUGCUGAAAACAUUUGAGUAUAUAAAUACCUAUUGCAGAUUAAAAUUUUCAUCUCUGAGUGUUUGGGAAUUUGCCCUUUCUGUACCAAUGAAAUAUCUUCAGAAUUGCUUCUCAGGCAGCUGCACAUGUGAGGUGCAGAGACAACAGCUGAGAGGUAUUUAACAACUGUCUUGUAAUGUUCAGUGAGAUACACCUGUGCACUGCAGAGUUUCCUGCAUGGCCUCUGUCAGGUAAAUGCUUCUAAUACAUAACUUCUAAGGUACUUCACAUGAGACAGCAUCCUUGAAAUGUAGUUUAUUUUCAUUGAAAUAAAUGGAAUUAGUCUUACUGAUGGUGUUAGCAUGUGAAUCAGUGUUUGCUGAAGGAGGUCCACAAUAACUGUUAUAAUUAACCAAUUAUAAAAUUAGCAUGUUAAAAGAAGAUGAGAAAAUGUGAUUUACUAAUUAAAGCUAUCAGCUAUUCAGUUAAAUGUCCAACUCUGCAUUUUCCCAUGAUAGACAUUAGUAGCUAAAUAGCAGCAUGAUUUUUCAUUCAGUGAAAACUGUAUUUCAACACAACACUAAUAUUGGAGUACAAACUGAAGAUUUAAUUAAGCAAAAGAAAUAUUAUUACUAGUCUAACUAGCAGCAUCUGGCCUUUAAAAAUCGUUAGUAGCUCCUCAGUGGUGGCAAUAGGAAAAAUAAUAACUGUUGAAACAGUUCAGAGGCAUUUUAAUUUUCUUUUCUGCUUUAAAAUAAAUUUGAGUUUGACAAUACCUCUGAAAAUUGUCUCAGUCUGCAAUGUUACAAAUAUUGUAACAAAUAUAAGCAGAAAGGCUUAGCAGUGUUUUUGUAGCAGCUAAACUGGGUGAUGAUUUCCCAUUGUGGAUUCUCACCUGUGAAAUGAAAGAGGCAUAGAGAGAAGCUGUCCAGCUUGGUCUGCAGUUAAUACCCAGGAGCUGGUUCCUUACUGAGCAGUUGUAGGGUAGAAAAUGCAGGACUUUAUAUUGCUGUUUUGCAAAACUUCCUACAUACACUCUCUCUCAAAACAAACAAAAAAAUAUUUUCCUAGGACCCACCUUACAAACCAGAGAAUAGGGCCUAAAAUACAAAGUACUUUCUGUCUGUAAUAUCCCUUAAAAUCCUUGUAGAAUACUACACCUUUAUUACACAUUAACGUUGGCAUGGGCCGCUGGAUACACACGUAGCAACGUGCACAAAAGGAAAUUAAUUAGGAGCAGGUAGAGACUUCUGUUUCGUGGAUUUCAAUGCUAAGUCAUAAAUUGUGUUUUAGCAACUCUACGCGUGCAUUCCUCAGAUUUGCCGAGGAAAUGGGCCGGGUGUGAGCGCUCAGAGCCCCGUAUCCCCCGCACGAGGGGCCGGAGCGCGCGUUGCCUGCGCCGGGCGGGAGCCCGCAAAACUGAAAGCAGAGGCCCAAUGGCCUUGUCCCUUUGGGAGAUUGACUAGAGUCACAUGAGCUGCACCAAGGGCAGGUAACUCAGGAGAGGGGAAGAAAAAAAAAAAAGGAGAGGAAAAAAAAAACCACCAAGGCUAGGCUGAGCUUCUGCCAUGAUGUCAGAGGGAAAGAAACCCACAGCUUGCUAAUUCCACCUCCCAAUCAGCCCCGGGAAGGAGAGCACCGGGAACAGGUAGAGAUGUGAGCUUGCUUUCUCCAUGUUUUUUUUCCUCGAACACCCUACCUCCUUAAAUAGCUCUUUCUUUCCUCUUGAUAUUGUGACUCCUCGUUUGCUCCUUUCCCCCUUUGAUUACUUGGAGGUUGGGGGUGAGCCUUGUGGGGGUUUUUUUGUUUUGUUUGUCAGUGUGUCUUUCUUUUUCUUUUUUUUUUUCUCUCUUUUUUUUUGACCUCUGCUUUUGAUUGUAGUUGUUUCCCCCUGUGGUCAUGACGGCUUCGCACAGUGACUCUUUGGUGGUGUUGUUUGGGGCAACAGCUGGUGCAUAUGGGGCUAAACUGGGUUCGGAUGAGAGGGAACUAAUUCUCUUGGUGUGGCAAGUUGUGGAUCUACACAGCAAGAAGGUAGGGACACUACACAAAUCCCUGGUGAAAGCAGACAACUUGGACUUAAGUGACCAGUGUCGCGAAGUCAGUGCCUUAACGCCAGAGGGACUGAGCAAAGCCGAACCGCUGGACCGGGUUCUUCAACAGUUUAGUCAGCUGGUAUCCAGUGAUUUGAAAGUACUUGGAAGGAGCUCUUACACACUCUGCAGUGAUGGCCAGUUACUCAUUCGACAAGUCCUCCACCCAGAAACAUCCAAAAAGAACCUGCUGCUGUCAGACUGCUUCUAUUCCUUCUACGACCUGCGCAAAGAAUUCCGCUCUUGCUACCCCAGUUCAGCCGCCGGCAAAGAUCAGACCAUCAAGACCAUGGCAGAAUAUCUAGGCUUAGGGACAGAUGAAGCAGAGGAGGACUUUGGCGUGUGGCAAGUGAAAACCAUGGUGGCCAUCAUUUUCAGCAUGCUCUCUGAAGGUGGUAAUCACGUAUUUACUGAGCCUGAAACUGUGAAACACAAGUAUGAAACAGGCCCUUGUAGUAAAUCUGAAACUGUGGACAGUGAGACAGUAAUACGUGCCAGAGGUUUGCCAUGGCAGUCUUCAGACCAAGAUAUUGCUCGAUUCUUCAAAGGUCUCAAUAUUGCCAAAGGUGGUGUGGCUCUUUGUCUGAAUUCCCAAGGAAGAAGAAAUGGGGAGGCCUUAGUUCGGUUUGUAAAUUCUGAACAGAGAGACCUUGCACUGGAAAGGCAUAAGCAUCACAUGGGCAGCAGAUACAUUGAGGUUUACAAAGCAACUGGAGAGGAAUUCUUAAAAAUUGCAGGAGGCACCUCCAACGAAGUGGCCCAGUUCUUAUCCAAGGAGAACCAAGUUAUCAUCCGGAUGAGAGGCCUUCCAUUCACUGCGACGCAGGAGGAUGUCCUGGGCUUCCUGGGGCCCGAGUGCCCAGUCACAGGAGGGAAAGAGGGACUUCUCUUUGUCAAGUACCCAGAUGGCAGGCCCACAGGAGAUGCAUUUGUGUUAUUUUCCUGCGAAGAAUAUGCACAAAGUGCACUUAAAAAGCACAAAGAAAUACUUGGAAAACGUUACAUAGAACUCUUCAGGAGCACAGCAGCAGAAGUCCAACAGGUACUUAAUCGAUAUAUGUCAACACCUCUCAUCCCAACUCUGCCAACUCCCAUCAUCCCAGUCAUCCCCCCCCCCUACACCAUUGCCACGGGCAGUGUCCGGGACUGUGUCCGGCUCCGGGGGCUCCCUUACACUGCGGGCAUCGAUGACAUCCUGGAAUUCAUGGGAGACGCCACCGGGGACAUCAAGCCCCAUGGAGUGCACAUGGUCCUUAACCAACAGGGACGACCAUCAGGUGAUGCUUUUAUCCAAAUGAAAUCUGCUGACAAAGCCUUUAUGGUGGCUCAAAAAUGUCACAAAAAAAUGAUGAAGGACCGUUAUGUGGAAGUAUUCCAGUGUUCAGGAGAGGAGAUGAACUUUGUUUUAAUGGGUGGCACUUUAAAUCGUAGUGGCUUAUCCCCACCGCCAUGUAAGUUACCAUGUCUCUCUCCACCAGCUUAUGCUGCUUUCCAGACAGCAGCUGUGAUUCCAGCAGAGGCAGCACUGUACCAACCACAAGCCCUCUUGCCAACCACCAGGACUCCCCAGGCCUCUGCAGCUGCUCCUCCAGCUGUUACCUACUACCCAGCUCAGGCUGCUCAGCUUUAUAUGAAUUACACAGCUUACUAUCCCAGUCCUCCAGUGUCUCCUACCACAGUGGGGUACAUUGCAGCUCCUCCAGGAGCUGUAGCUGCUGCUGCCACUGCCACCCACACUCCCAUCCUGCCCCAGCCUGGAGCGCUGGUCCGGAUGCAGGGCUUGCCAUACAACACAGGAAUGAAGGAGAUACUCAGCUUCUUCCAGGGCUACCAGCUCCAAGCAGAUUCCAUCCUCAUGCUUUACAACUUUAAUGGCCAGCCCAGUGGCAAGGCAUUGGUGACUUUUCCAAGCCUGGAUCUAGCUAAGAAAGCAGUGGCUGAGAAAAAUGGACAGCUCCUGGGAAGCCGCUAUGUAGAAUUGUACCUGGUCUAACUAAACUCUCUCUGGGGGAUGAGGAGAGAAUGUCGCACUCAACACCGUGCCUUUUGCAAAAUAAGAAGUCUUCCCUUGCCACCCGGGCAGCAACAAGUGUGCCUUUUCAGCAUAACAAGUUGGAAUGCAGAGUGGUAAAUGUCCUGUACUUAAUUUGAAAAAUGGUGCAUCCUAUGCCAAAGAUAAAGUGAAAGCAAAAAUUAUGCAGUUAAUUUACUUAAUUUCUAAUGUACUUGUGUAAAAAUAAGUAAACCCACUCCUGGCAUGUAGUUAAUUCUGAAGACAGUCUAACAGCACUUCAGCUAUUGCAGCCUUGGGAGAAACUUAGUAGCAUUUGAAGUGGAAAGCGAAGCUUGAGUCAUUCAGAUUCUUCUGUGUUUAGUUUUUAAGAGUUUACACUUGACAAAGUGUCCUGUUUUUUGUAGAGUUUAAAUGUCUUUAGGAAGGUCUUUUGGAAUGCAUGACUUAGCCAGUUCAAAGCGUAGAUCAUAUUGAUUUUUGUUUUGUAUUGUUCUCAACUGAAAAAUAUCAGGAUGCUGGACCCCAAAUGCAAUUUUGCUUUUUCAUGUUUUCAUUAGACCUUGUUUUGCAAAAGCCAUAUUUGUCUUUCUUACCAGUGUACUGCUGCCAACAUGUAAAGCAAAAAAAAUAAAACCAACAUCAAAAUCAGAAAAACCCUCCCUGCCUGCCCAUAACUUGCUGCCCCCAGCCGCAAACUUAAUCUCUACAGGACAAAAAUGGCACAUAAACCUGAGUACUGAUAAGUUAUAUUUUUUUAUUUAAGCAUAUUAGCUUUCAGAUACUGUAUUAAAGAUUUUGCUCUAGUUUAUGUGCAUGCAAUUUGUUUACAUCUUUAAACUACUUUAUUUGUAUAUUAUGAAACAACAAGAUAUGUUGGAAUCUGAAUUCUCUAGUGCAUGCUUUUUUUCUUUUUCCCGUGUGUACAUACAUAAGCUAGAAGUACUUUUAUGUUAUGUAGCAUGUGUUUAAAAAAAGACAUCUGCUGUAGAAGCACUAAAUGACUUUGUUUUUACUGUGCCUUACUUCAAAACCAUUCCGAGUGCAAUACCAGCAGAGCAAAAUGUAAUGAAUUCUGUUGUUGACAUGUUCAUGGAUGUCUGAAUUGAUCCUUUUUGUUAGUGUACAAUUUGAGUUGUACUUUAAAGAACUGAAUGAUGUAUGCUUCUUUAUAUUACAACAAAUAAAAGAGAUGCUUACUAUGUGCAUUGGCUUUUGAAAGUACGUUAAACUUUAAUGUAUGCUUUGGUUUAAUGUAUUUUCACAGAGCAUCAUUCUUUGAUAAAUAACCUCUUACACACUUCUCUCUU